AUGAAGCAGCAUCGCAGUAGUUCCUUAGACAUAGUAGUAGAUAGCGAUAGCGACAACCUCAAAUCACCGCAACGCGACAGAGUGGAUAGUUGUUCGCAAAUCGAAGCGGAAAAGGAUAACGUCCCCUCUGGAAAACAGUUACCACCGCUGAUAGGAGGCUGGACCUGUCCUCACCAGACGGAUUCAACGUCUCUUCGAAUGGCAGCCGAUAGCCCUCGGAAAGGUUGCAAGGAUUCGGAGCAGUUACCCGGCUUAGCGGAGUUUACUACCAACGGUUCGUUUGACGUGCUGCUCCCGAACUGCGUUGUACAGGGAGAACAACGCGAAGGAACUCCCGGGGCAAAGGUGGAACCAAGAUUGAAAGUUUCGAGGACGAUACAUUCCAGUCCAGUGGGAAAACCACGGUGCCGACGAUAUAGCCAGGAUUCCGGUGCGUCGAUGUACCAGCAGCCAGUCGGUCCUGGCACCGGAAGGAGUUCCUGUAGGUACUUUACUGCUCUGACUUAUAAAUAUCAAGCCUUGAUGCGCCACAGUACGGACAAUUUAAGGUCUAUUUAUAACCAGAGUCGCGUAGGUGGUCUCUGCAACGGCCACCAAGCCCAGGAGAUGGCACCGGUCGGGCUGGACUUGGGAGCCCGAAAUGAGGUCACCGAUCACGGCAACAGGAAGCACCUUAUCCAGCGUAUGACCGCCCAAGACUCGGUGAACUGCCUCGAGCCGUCGACUUCACAGGACAGUACCGCUUCGCCUAGCUCGCUCGACCAACAAGCCUCGGCAACGGUGGAAAUAGUCGUGGAAAGCGACACGACGGUACCGUCCGAUGGUGGUUCGAUGCUGGUGAACGGUAGUCUACCGUCAGCGAGCCAAACGGACAUGAACUACAUUGACAAACUGCCUUCGUUGGAGGAUAUUAUGGAAAGUCCUCUGUUGAAAACACCGAUGGGAACGUGGCUGCAAACGGAAGAUAGACUGUCACGCGAGGAAAUUCCCCUACCAUAUGGCGGUGACGUUGCAGAAGAACGCAGUAGGAGUCCCGAUCCUUACAGCAAUCUCUUUGGCCCGAAGAUCAGUGUCAAUGAGCACAUCCCUGGGACGCCAAUGGACACGCCGGACAUCGUUUCAGAGUUCAAUAAGAGCUUCAACUCUAGCACAACUAGCAUCAUCAACGAACGGCGCCAUUCGUCGUCAAAACUACUCGGUUUGCAGGCCGAUUCCAAGGAGGCUACGGCCAUGUCCAGCGAUACGCACGGAUCCCCGCACGAUGUCUUGCCAGCAGCAGGUGUAAGGCUGACCACCGGCGACAAACCGCUCUCCCUCGGUAAAGGCAGCCUGCGGAACCUGUUAAAACUACGUAAAGCGUCGGACCAUUCGCAGGACACGCGACGCUCCAGCCAACAGGAUAAAGAGGGUUUAGACCCGGAGUCCUUGAUGUUUCGCGAUGGCCGGCGCAAAAUCGACAUGAUACUGUGCUACGAGGAGGAAGAACAGGGUGUGAUGACCGAGCUAGAAGCUCUCAAGCGCCACCAGCGGAAGCUAUUCCACGAGAAUCUCGUCCGCGAAGGGUUGGAAAUCGAGGUAGAAGACAAAAUGCAGGCAUUCGAUGGUAAGACGUACUUCGUAAAGAUUCACAUUCCUUGGCGCACGGAGUCGAGGUACGCGGAGGUGAUGAACCUCAAGCUACCGGUGAAGCGAUUUAUCACAAUCAGUGUGAAGGAAGAAGAAACUGCUUUGCGUCGGCAGCAGAAUAAGAUCCUUGGUUACUGGAACCGGCUUAUGUCGCUUACUGAAUACAAUCACGAGCGCAUCGAGAAGGAACCGUCGUUCUACUCGGCAACUGCCAACGGUAAUCCGGAGGAGCAGUUCAUUGUCAAAGAUCGGUGCACCUCCUACACGAGCGCCCAGCGCAGCCUGAUAGUGAUGCAGAUCCUAAUGCGAACGCGCUUCGACGAGACUGAGAAAGUGAACAACGUGGGCAUCCGUCGGCUGCUCAACGAUGGCACUUACCUAGCCUGCUUUCCACUGCACGAGGGUCGGUACGACAAGGACCACUCGUCUGGAGCCCUGUUUGACCGGCGGCUACUCUAUCUGGAGUGGGCCCGCCCGAUCAAGUGGUACAAGAAGCAACCGCUCUGUCUGGUGCGUAAGUAUUUUGGUGACAAGAUUGCGCUCUACUUUUGUUGGCUCGGGUUUUACACCAAGAUGCUGUACGCACCUGCCAUCGUGGGGCUGUUCUGUUUCCUAUACGGGCUGGCGUCCAUGGACUCGAGCGAUAACAUUCCGACAAAGGAGAUCUGUGACGAGAAGGGCCCGGGAAAAACGAUUCUGUGUCCGUUGUGCGACCGGGCCUGCAGCUACCAGCAACUACACGAGUCGUGCUUCUUCGCCCAGCUGACCUAUCUCUUCGACAACCCGUCGACAGUGUUCUUUGCCAUCUUCAUGUCGUUCUGGGCCACCACCUUCCUGGAGCUUUGGAAGCGCAAACAGUCGGUACUCGUGUGGGAGUGGGACCUGCAGAACAUCGAGAACGAGGAGGAUAUGCGGCCUGAGUUUGAAACGACCGUCAAAACGUUUCGCAUCAAUCCAGUGACCCGCGAGAAGGAACCCUACAUGCCAACGUGGACACGUGCCAUACGCUUUUUCGCCACUUCGAGUGCCGUUUUGUUUAUGAUUGCUAUCGUUAUGGGGGCUGUCUUAGGAACCAUAAUAUAUCGUAUUUCGCUAGUAUCAGUAAUCUAUAGCGGAGGAGGAUCGUUUUUCCGCACUCAUGCCAAACUAUUUACCACUAUGACUGCCGCGUUGAUCAAUCUUAUCAUAAUCAUGUUGCUGACCCGAAUUUAUCACAAACUGGCCCUGUACCUGACCAACAUGGAGAACCCACGUACUCAAACGGAAUACGAGGACUCGUACACUGUGAAAAUAUUUGUCUUUGAGUUCAUGAACUUCUAUAGCUCGCUGAUUUACAUAGCAUUCUUCAAGGGGCGCUUCUAUGACUAUCCCGGCGACGAUGUGGCACGCAAAAGCGAGUUCCUUCGCCUGAAAGGUGACAUAUGCGACCCGGCAGGCUGCCUUAGUGAACUUUGCAUCCAGCUGGCCAUCAUCAUGGUGGGCAAACAGUGUUGGAAUAAUUUUAUGGAAUACUUUUUCCCUGCAUUCUACAACUGGUGGCGUCGGCGGAAACACAAGCAGCUCACAAAGGACGAAACACAUCUUCAUAUGGCAUGGGAGCAGGACUACCACUUGCAGGAUCCUGGCAGACUAGCGUUGUUCGAUGAGUAUCUAGAAAUGAUUGUACAAUAUGGAUUUGUAACACUGUUUGUGGCUGCCUUUCCGUUGGCACCGCUAUUUGCUCUUCUGAACAACAUUGCCGAAAUUAGGUUAGACGCAUACAAAAUGGUGACGCAAUCACGGCGACCUCUAGCCGAACGCGUUGAGGAUAUUGGUGCAUGGUAUGGAAUACUAAAAAUAAUAACCUACACAGCAGUUGUAUCCAAUGCAUUUGUAAUUGCCUACACUAGCGACUUUAUACCGCGUAUGGUAUACAAAUACGUCUAUUCCCCACAAUUUUCCUUGCAUGGAUACAUCGAACAUUCCCUUUCGACCUUCAACACAUCCGACUACAAGGAAGAAUGGGGAACCAAAACCGAAUCCGACCCGGACACUUGCCAGUAUCGGGGCUACCGAAACGGGCCGGAUGCCGACGAGCAGUACGGCCUCAGUCCCCACUAUUGGCACGUGUUUGCGGCCCGAUUGGCAUUCGUGGUAAUCUUCGAGCACAUUGUGUUCGUCUUAACCGGUAUCAUGCAGUUCAUCAUACCGGACAUACCGAUCGAGGUGAAAACUCAAAUGCAGCGGGAGCAGCUGCUUGCAAAGGAGGCCAAAUAUCAGCAUGGAUUAAAAAAAUCUCGCGAAACCGACUAUGAGGAAAUUCUGCACACCUUACGCGAGCAGAGCAAUAAUAGCAGGCAAGGAAUGCGUGGCAGCUGGGCACGACGUCUAAGUAGACUCAGCGAUGGUCUUGAUGCUCACGUAGAAGUCCCCAAUAGACCGAGGCACUCGUUGGAAUCUACCGUUUGGGAAGUUACCUAGCAUUAACCGCAUUCGUUAUGUUUUUGGUUGAAUGGGGCAAUGAAGAGUGAUGAAUGAAAUCAAAUGUCUGUAGCCGCACGAAUUCAUUAGAACAUUAACAUUAGGCAUGAUAAUAAGAGGUCUAAUUAUUCAACGAAACUUAUGAAACAGUAUUCACAUUAAAGAUGAUACAUUUAAUCAAAUUUAGAUUAAAUAACUACGAGAAACUGUGCCUAAUAUUACUGGUAACUCAGGAGAAUAGCUCAUAGCACAGUUCGUUAGUUCUUUUCACAAAACCAUUUUUUCUUCGUUAUUUUCA